AUGGAAAAUGCCAAUGCAGUCUGCCUUACCACUGGCGGCUGGACGUCGGAUAACAAUGACAGAUAUUUAGCUAUUACGGCUCAUUACGUUGUCUCUACAUCAGACGACACGAAAUUGCACUCGAAUUUACUGGGAUGUGUGGAAUACAACGAGAGGCACACCAGCGAAAAUCUCACUGAAUUCCUGAAAAACAUCAUGCGACAAUGGAAUAUUGAUCAUAAAAUUACCGCAAUCGCCAGCGAUAAUGCCGCCAACAUUACAGCAGCUAUAAGGGAGGGUGAUUGGCGACAAAUUCCAUGCUUUGCCCACACAUUAAACCUCUGCGUCCAGUCGGCGUUGCAGCAAUUGGCCCCAGUUUUAAAUAAGAUCAAACACGAAGAAAUCACAAAGAAGGAGCUUUAG